ACCCUGGCUAGCCUCCACCACCGCCGAACGGAGUGAGCCACUGCCGCCGUCCGUGGUUUUCCGAGGCUUCUCUUUUCGUCCUGUCGGCGUUCUCCAAGUCCAACCCCCUGUUCGCUCUCUUCUUCCUCGCUCGGCGUCCAUCGUCUUCGUCCUGCUCGCCGUCGUCUCGUCGCUCUCAACCGCUCUCCGUCGUCCUGCUCUCCGUCGCGCUCAACCCCUCUCGAAGAUGAUUGAUGAUCAAGAUCUUGGUUUCUUUGCCAAUUUCCUUGGCAUCUUCAUCUUUGUACUGGUGAUAGCUUACCAUUUUGUUAUGGCUGAUCCAAAGUAUGAAAGAAACUAGGGUACUAUGUGGUUGUGAUUUUCAUGUUGUAGACUUACUAUUUUUCUAAUGGAAGUUAAGUUGAUAUAGAAAGGAACUUCAUUUUGAGCAUGUGAUGUGAGUUUACUGCUGUAUCUUAUCAAAGACUUCGUUGACACUAGAUGAAUAUUUUGUUCAGAAACCACUUUGAAUGAUUAUUGAUUAGCUCUGCUCACUGCUGCCGUGCUCGUUCUUCUCUGCUCACUGCUAGUACUCUGAAUGUCACUACAUUUUGUGCUUUUGGUAUUGUUUUUAAUCCAAUGAAGGAAUAGAUGAAUUGAAUUAACUCGAUUAACUAGAUGAGUAGAUGAUCGUUUUUUCUUAUUGUUUGGUUAAUUCAAUGUUUUUUUUUAAGUUUUU